UUGAGCAUAAAAGUAACAAGUAAAUAAAAAAUUGUAGUUAUGAAGGUAAAAGAACUGGAAGCGGUUUUACAAAGCCUUGACACUUUUGAAAAUCCUAACGUUGAACUUGAGCAGUAUGCUACUAGUGCACAUAUUGCAGAAACUGGAUGCAUUAUUAGAGCCAGUUCUCUUGUAUUCGGCUUGUGAACUUCGUAUAGUAAGUGCUGCAGCCAGCAGUCUUAGGAAAGAUGAUAAAUCAGCCAGAGGUUGAAACAAAUAUCUGUAACCAUGCUAAUUGUAAUCCAUAUGCUAGAAUGCUGAAUCUGAUUACCCUUGAUAGAGAUAUAGAAGGAAAAUUUAUAGGUGAUUUAGGUUGUGGAUGUGGAACUUUAUCAAUUGCUGCAGCUUUAAUGGAUGCUGGCUUUUGUGUUGGUUUUGAUAUUGAUGAAAAUGCUUUAAACAAAUGCAAGUCAAAUAAAGAAAAAGCUGAAUGUGACAAUAUUGAUUUUAUUCAAUGCAAUGUUUUGGAUUUACAAGAUACAAGGUGGCAAAAAAAGUUUGAUACAAUCAUCAUGAAUCCUCCAUUUGGAACACGAGGCAAUGAAGGUAUUGAUAUUAAUUUUUUGAAGACUGCUUUUUCAUUAGCUAAACAUUCUGUAUAUAGUUUACAUAAAUCCUCAACAGUCAGAUAUAUUGAUAAAGUUGCUAAAAGUUCAAAUGUGAAGAUGGAAAGUUUAUUUCAGCUAAAAUUUGACCUACCUCAGACAUAUCGGUGGCAUAAAAAGGAUUCUAAAGAUAUUGACGUUCACUUUUUAAAGUUUACCUUUCCAAAAUCCCACAAAUUAAAUCCAAAUAAUAUUAAAAAAUCCCAUAAAAAGUAAUUUCAUACUUGUUUUUGUAAAAUAAUUGCUUUAUUUAAUAAAAUAUGUUAAUUUUAA